AGAACGUAUGCGCAUGGUCCGAGGACCCCCCACAACACACCAUACAAAAAAGAAGACGUUCCUGCACAAAGAAAUGGAAGACUGCACCCACGUAUUUGUACGAGUGGACCGUCCAAGAGGACCCUUAGAGCUCCCAUACGAAGGUCCAUUUCCAAUUAUAACAAGAUUAUCAGAUUUUAUUUACAGAAUCAACUACAAAGGACAUCCAGAGGAAAUAAACAUAGACAGACUAAAGCCUGCCCUCAUAGAGGAAGGAGAAGACUCAACCCCAACUCCAACCCCAGACGACCUUCCCCACGAUGCUCUUCAACCACUGCCGUCCGGAUUGAACAUAGAGUACAAAAAACAAGGAAAGGUCAGAUUCGUUCACUCGACCAGCGAGUCACUGGAAGGGGAGUAGUGUGGCGGCAGCACUCGUCCAGAAAUACUCAUCUAGGGACUUCAUCAGA